AUGGUCGGACAUCAAGCGGUGGACCACACAAAUUUGUCUCCCGGUGCAUCUCAGAACUUAUCGAAAGAUUUUCGAGAAGUGGCUGAGAAUUUUUUGGAAUAUGCGGACACGAUAAAUGUGAGUUAGGACUUACAUGAAUUAAAAAAAGAAAAAAAAAUUUCAGUUGAGAAAACUGGAUUACAACGCGUGCGAUGUUUAUGAGCAAACUUUCGAUGAAGGAAGUUAUCAUUUGGUAAGGUGUAAUUAUAGAAUGUUUUUUCAAAGGUAUAGCUGAUUGACGGCUGGUUUGAGCCAUCAAAAAAAUGGGUUCUGACCCGAAAAAAGAAGAGACAGGCCACGCCUCUUUAACGUUCAAAGUUUGCCAUGAAUCGGUUUUACAGGCAUAGCUGGAAAAAAAAGCAUUUCUGACUUUGCGACUUUCGAAAAUGAAGUAGAAUAAGAUUUAUUGAACUUCACAGAACCACGCAGUCCGUUCUUUUGAGUCUCAAUACUUUUUGAUUUUUUUUUGAAAUGCUCGAAAAAUAUCUGGAUUUAUCAAAAACUAGUCCAAAAAGCUUAAAUUCUCACAGCCCAAUAAUCUCAAACAGCAGUGCCAUUGAAACCGAAAAAAAAAAGCUCGGAAUCAAAACAAAGUUCAACAGCUUUAAAAAACCUAAGUCUGUUAGGACUCUCUUUCAAGAUCUUAUUUUAAUUCCCGUCUUUUUUUAGAUUCCAGAAACUUCUAAUAAAUGAGUCUUAGAACUUUUUUUGUAAAUUCGUCAAAACUUAAAGAAAAUCAAUUUCUUUAAUCCAGAAAUAUUAUUCAGGAAAUACAAAACGUUUCUGCAACGAGGUCAAUGGAAUACACAAUUAACGAAAACAACGAAAUUGUCAAACAAAUCGUCGAGCCAAAUAAUCCAAAGAACUAUUUAACCGAUCAAUUUAUCGCUGCCGGUGGCAUUCGUCUAGUCAUCUAUUUGAUCGCAAAGGUUUCAUUCCCGAAUAACUUUAGCUGAUUCUUUGAUAUUCAGGAACUUGGUGAUUCUGCAAAUCCAGAAGUUCUAAAUGAACUUUUGCGCCUCUACCUAUCUCACUUGACUGUUUCUGACGAGCGUUAUCCAGUGGACCUCUCUAUUCGCGUUCUUAUGCGCUUAUUGGAACUGCCGCAGUUUGCUAUGAACAAUGACUUACUUGAAGUUUUUUUAAAUCUUUUUCCCUCUGUAGUUUGAAAUUCCAGAAUAUUCUUUCUCACGUUUUUCCGAUAUCAGCUGAAGACGAAAAUUGGGAGACGAGAAACGAGCGAAGAAGAAUUUGCUUCAGAUGACGAUCUGGAAAUAGAAAAUUAUUUGCUUGGUCAGAGCUUGAAAGUGAGAAUCUCUUCCGGUUUAUUUUUUUAUUUUUUUGAUUCUCGCUUGAGCUUUUUUUGAAAAAAAUCGAGAAACAAGUUAAUUAAUUUUUUUAUUAAUUCUCAGAUGAUGAAAAACUUUUAUUUGUUAUCCAGAAAAAAAGUAAAACCGUGAACCAAAUUGUGCGCUUUUCAGAACCACGGCUUGAUAACCGAUGGCCGAUUUUUGUACUACUUCAUUCAAAGCUACGAAAUCUGGUCGCACCGUCCACAGCACUUUGCCCGGGUCAUUCAUAUCCUGCGGAGCGUAACUCAGAAAGAGAGAAAUCGAGAUUUGUGGAAUCGAGGAAAACUGAAAAUUCUCUUCCCUGACCUUCUUCAAGUAACUCAGAGUUUUUCGGAGUUCACAUGAAUUUUCUUCAGACCAUUCUCAAGCUCUCGCAAAAUCCUGCGUUCAAUGAGAACACUCUGGAAGAGGACUCAUUCGGCGAAGACUACGCAUACCUCAUCAAAUCGCUUCUGCAAUCAAUUUUUUUGGAAAAAAUGAGCGAAGAGCCUCUGACUCUCAUUUGGAACACUCUCUUUCUUCUACAGCCUACUUCGGAUACAUUAUUCCCAAUGAAAUCUUUGAAUUUCUUAGACCUCUUAGGAGCCAGUGGUUUGAACUUUGGAGAACCUGAUGAUUUUUUUGAUUUUUAUAGCUUUUGAUGACAUACGCGCUUCCAUGGUCAACCAUCUCGUUGGAACUGUUGGCGAUUCGAAAGAGGGCUCUAACGUAGGUGAUGACGGACAAUCAUCUUUGCAGAAUGAAGAGGUACGAAGGAAACGGAAUGAUUUGAUCCCGAAAAACGUUCAGGAUUCCCGAUCUCGUAGCUCCGUCGAAAGUUGGCAGAAAAAGUGGGUAGUCGUUUUGAAAACAGGUUUAUUUAAUUAUUUUUUUACUUUGUAUUAUUUGAUUUUUUCCGGUUUGACAAGAAUCCUCUCGGAUUUUGUUCUGAACGGACCAGACGAAGCUGUAUCCAGCCUUCUCAAAGAGGAUCUCAGAACGGAUGUUAGAACUUUUUUUAGAAUUAUUUUUACUUGAUGAUUCAUUUUAGUGCGUUCUCGUAAUGUUGACCCACCAAGAAGAUAUCAACCUCCGUGAAGCCGUUGUAGAGCUUUUGUGCAACGUUCUGGUUUUUAAAAACCACUUUUUUUUCUACAAUGAAAAAUUCAGCUACGAGCAAACAAAGUACAGAAAAUGGUCUUUUUGAACUCGAGGCAGUAUAUUUUGCUGGCUUGUGAGAUGCGACAACAAGGAGUUACUCUGAAAAUGGCGAGCUGCUUAUUUUCGAUCGUUUUCGGGGAAAGUGUCGAUAUCAGAAACGGGUGAGUCAUGUAAAGAAAGGAUUUAUUCUCAGAGGAGUUUUGAUUUUUUCUUGAUUUACACUCUUUUUACGGUCUCGAAGAAUGUUUUCACUACAGAUUGGACUCAACACACGUAAACGGAUUCACUCCCGACCGCCUAUCCUGCGAAAUCCUGAACGUUAUUUACGCUCUACUGGAAAGAUCCUGUAUGGAAUGUCCUACCACUUUUGCUCACAUUUGCGCGGCUUUGGGAAAAGUUUUUCAGCUUCAAAUUUGGAACAAACUUUCGGUUUUCAGAUUUGCGAGCACAAUUCCCAGUUGCAACAGGCUAUGAUGGAUCGGAGACUUCCUGAAAUUCUCACUAAUGUCGCAAUCAAAAUCAGUCAUUUAUGGCAGAAGCAAAACGAAGUUUCAAGCGAGACAAAGUUCGAGCAGUUGCGUGAGCCUUUCAUGAGGCUUACAUCUGGAAUCAUCCUACAAGCCAUUCCUACUGGGUCAUCCAUCCAGCUUAGUGUAAAAUAUGUAGAGUGCAAUUUUCAGAGAGAAGAAAAUCUUUGAAAACGCUAAAAAGUUCUUGCAUUUGCUUAUAGCGGCUGAACGGCAAGUAGAUGAAGCAGAGUAGGAAAACUGAAAUUUCGUAAUUUUGAAAUAUCCUUCAGAGGAAAAGCGGCUAACGUGUUUUUGCGGAAACUGUUGUGUACCCUUUUGGUUGAAUCCAUUGGUUUAUGUCAAAUUUUUGUCGACGAACGAGGACAGUAUCACAGGAGCGCAAGUGUGGCUAGCAGCGUCGUUGGAAGUUAGUUUCCUUCUGAAUUUUCCUUUCUUUCAUUUUGACUAUCAGGUGAUUCUGACUCGAGUUUGGAAGACAGUGAUUGCUACGUGAUGGUGGAAGUUCCACACGUAAAUGAAGAGUAUUUCAAGCCUUCGCCGCUCACACGAAACCUUUCGAUGUUCUACAACACACUGAUGCAAAAAGCCUCAAGUAAAGAAAUAAUCGAAACCUCAAAGCUUAUUGAUUUUAGAGAAAGCACGAUCUUUGGACUGUCCCUACAAGGUCAAGGCUGUGAGAACAACGAACGCUUUGGAAAUAGCCAAACAUUUCGCGGAAAUCAUUACUUUGUGUCAUCGAGCUUUUUCUGUCAUGAGAGCCAAGGACGAGGUCGAGGAGUGGGAAAACGUGUUUUUCAGCUCUUAUGUCGAAAUCUUGGUGACGGCUCAGGCGUAUACAGUUAACUAUCAAAAUCUAGAUCCCUCUUGAAUUUAAAUUCAGAUUGCUCGAGCUCCAUGGUACAUCAAUGCUUUAGAAGAAGCUAGAUCUUGUUUUUGUAAAGUUUUCGCAGACACUUUUUUCGAUUCGAACAGGAAAGAAACGAUGGGCAAUGGUAACUACAGUAAGUUUUCAACUUGAGAAACAAAAUUCAAAUGUGAAAAUGUCGAAUUCUAGAUAUUUUGAACGAGUUCUACAUCGAACGAAAGCGUAAACUGAUGAAUGUGAGGACUAGGUUCCCUCAAAACUAUCUCAUUCCUCUUCUGAGCCAACAUUUGGUUUUUUUCAUCAUUUUUCUCGAAUAAAGCGAGAAUUUUAAAGGAGCUCAAUGACUUGAUAAGGCAAGGAAUUCUGGAAGUUUUGCGCCAUCAUCCUCCUGAAAGCAACUUUGUACAAGAAGUUCGAGAUUUUGCCGCUUGGUUUGGUUGGACAUCUCUAGCGAACGGCUUCCUAGACGGUGGUGAGAAACAGGAAACUCAUUUAACGCUAGAUAGGAGAAAAAUUGAUAGCUCUCUCGAAAAAAAAAAACGAUUAAAAAGUCUCCUUCACUUUUUUGCUGCCUUUUUUCAAUCAAUAGUGGAUGAACUGAAAAAAAUCGAGCCUCUUGAAGACUCGGAGCAAGCAUUCCGAUCCACGUUGGAAAUGGGUCUCGUCGGAGUUGUCGACGAAAAAAGGAGAAUUUUGUCGCGUUUGCAAGAGCUUGUUCUAAAUUGCCACCAAUCUUCACUACCAACUUCUGACGAUGAAGACGUAAGUGAAAAGAUCAGAAAAUUUAAUCAUUCUUCCAGCUGAACGACCUUCUCACGAAACAUGUCUUGAUUCGACAAAAUGCAGCUCGGAAAGAAGCUUUCGAUCUUUCCGCGAAAUUGUCGACCAAACUUGGAAACAUAGCGGAAGAACUUCAACAUUGUUCGGUAGGAAUCGAGAAUAGGAUAAUUCAUCUAAAUUUUUAUUUUUCAGUCUAUAGUGUUCCAUCCGAGAUCGCCAGUCUUUCAAAGCAAACAUUGGCCGAAAACUUUCGUCCUUUCUUCAGUAGAAGGUCCUCAACAUGAAAGAUUGAGGUUCUUUUUUCAUUCCAAAUUUGUCCCCUUUUUUCAUUUCUUAUAUCUCAGAUUGAUUCCCGGAGAAGUGAACAUUCCCAAGGAACAUUUACAAGAUUGCUCACUGUAUGACGGAGAAUACUCAGGAGGGCCUCUCGACAAAAUUGUAUUUUUUUUUACAAUUAAUUUGAUUACAUUUUCAAUUUGCAGAUUGAGCACUUCAAUGGAAACGAGGAAGAGAUUGACAUUCAUAAAACGAGUCACAGUGAAAUUUUCUACAACAUUAUCUUUUUGAAAAACGGAGAUGAAGUUUCGGGGACGCUGAUCAUCAACGAUCAAGAAAUCGUCUUUCUUUCUUAUGAGGUUAGAAUGCGUUGCUCAACCGGCUUGCCACGGCUUGAAACAGCCUGAGUUUGCUCCUUUUCUGUUUUUUUUUUGUACGAUCUUCAUAAUUUCUUGUAAAGAUUUGAGGAUUGACUAUAACAAGCCGUGGGAAGUACACAAAAAAUGUAACUAUACCACAAAAUUUCAGACCAAAAAAAGAACAAUGUUCAAAGUUGUUCUCUCAAAAAUAACUCGCAUCUACAAACGGCGUUUCGUUUUGGAAGACGUGGCUGUCGAACUUCUUCUCAAAAAGAAAUCCUACUUCUUCGCUUUUCCGAACUCAGAGGUUUUUUUCAAGUAUUCAUACUUUUAUCAGAUAAUCCUGAGUCACAGAAUCGUGACACAGUCGUCGAUUUCAUUGACGAGGAAAAAGCGAGAAAUGUGAAUGUUGAAAUGGAAGCGAAGUUAUUGGCCGAAUCUUGGCGUGGCGGAAACAUCAGCAACUUCAGGUUAUCAAUACUAAAUGAAAGUUUCUUCAUCGAGUUCUAGAUUUUUGGGAGAGCUGAACAAGCUGGCUGGGAGGACCUACGACGAUCUCAUGCAGUAUCCAGUCAUGCCUUUUGUAAUUGCUGACUAUUCUUCAAACCAUUUGGAUCUCACGAAAUCAUCUUCCUAUAGGUAAAAUCAGAACUUGAAAUUAUUUACGGAUCUUUUUCAGAAACCUGAAAAUUCCAAUUUCUUUGCAACUUCCCGAAAUGGUCAACGUUUACAAGGAGUUGUUCUCGCACUAUGAAUCGAUUUACAAGGUUCACAUAGAGAACAGUUUUUCAGUAGUUUUAAUGAGUUUCAGGAAGCGCUAUCCCACAAGGACCCGAAGAAAAAAGAACAAUACGUUCCUCAUCACUACGCCAGUCUUUUUUCGAAUCCUGGCAUUGUCACUCAUCUUCUUGUCAGGCUUUAUCCGUUCUCCAAACACGCCCUCGUGCUCCAGGUUUUUUUUUAAAUAGAUUCAGCUUGAGAGUUUAUUUUUGCCUAUGCUUCCAGUUAUGCCUUCUUAGCUGUUUUUUGAGUAAAAUUGAUCUCGAUGUCGAAAAUUGGCUAAAUCAUACAAAAUUGAUUUAGCUGGAACUUGAGCCCUCUAGAAAAUCUCAGCAAGUUCUCGAUAAAUUGUCUUAGUUGCUUUUCCCUGUCAAAUUAUUCAAAAAUCAUAUAUUUUUCUCUAAUUUUCAAUUUUUUUCCCGCAGGACGGAAGCUUCGACCUCCCUGACCGUUUGUUUUCGUCUGUUGAAUCCACGUAUCGGCUGGUUACCCAGUCAAAGACGGAUUACAAGGUUAAUUUCCCUUGUUUUCUUUCACCAAAGUGAGAUAUAUUUUCAGGAGCUGCUGCCAGAAUGGCUCACAACGCCGGAAGCGUUUAAAAACGUAUUGAAACUUAACCUUGGAAAAAAACAAGACGGAUUUGUUGUUGACGAUGUCGUCGUUCCACCUUGGGCCAAUGGCUGUGCAAGGAAGUUCAUCCACGCCCAAAGAUUUGCCCUUGGUUUCACAUGUCAGAUUCGCAAAAAUCAACUUUUUCAAUUCAGAGCAGCCUCAAGUGACUGAAAAGCUGAACGGAUGGAUAGAUCUGGUUUUCGGAUGCAAGCAGAAAAGGCAAAGGCGGCCAUAGAAGCUAUGAAACGUCUUCAAUCCUGUGGUUAAUCUUUGUUCUUCUUUAGAAAGUUUUCAUUCAAAAGUCUAUAUUUGAUAUUUUUUUGAAGUUAUGUGAAAAUUUGAAAAAUUGACUUUGAACGAAGCAUUUAGGCUGACCAGAGAGGUCAUUUUAUUUCGAGGUUGGGAUUUUCCUGAAAAUUGGCUAGAACACUCUUUGAUGUACCAGAAGAAAACUCUAGAAGUUUCAACCUGCACAUCUUCCUCGUUUUUGGGAGAGAAAGGUCAAAAAGUCAAAGAAAACCUUCAAAACCCAUAAAAAUAGGCUGUUAUGUAGCUUAAGGCCCUUAUUUCUCAAAAACUAGAGAGUUCUGCAAGGUGAAACUUUCAGGAUCUUUCUCUGGUACAUCAAGUAGUGUCCUGGCGAAUUUUUAAAAAAUUUACAACCUUAAAGUAAAGUUGCCACCUCUGGACCACAGAAAAAGUCUUUGAAAUUUCAUAUACUGAUGCAAAAAUUCCAAUCUUUAACUCUACUCGAACUGAUCAUUAUUGGUGCAGAAUGAGAAGAAAAAUCGUAUUUCAGUCCUACCCAACCAAUUCGGAAUCUUUACCUGAUGAUCCAGUAGAAGGAAGGGCUCGUGAAACAAUGAAGAGACAAUAUGGUCAAAUGCCAGAUCAAGUUGACCAAUAAAAAUAUUUUUUGAAAAAUUUCUUUUCCAGUUAUUCUUUUCGCCCCUCCAUAUGCCUUUUUCUAAGUUCAAGCAUCCAGUUCACAUCCUAGGCUACCUGCCUGAGUUCAGGUGUGUUUUAAGAUUUUCCUGCAUGUGCAAAGUUUUCAGAGCUUCUGGAGAGGAUAUCAUGACUACUGUUGAUCCUUGUAAUGCCAUUCUUCCCUUCCCAGUGUCAGCUUUUAUGAAUACAAUCCAAGGAAAGCUGUUUGGCGGUCUUCUGAGAAGCAUGACCAACAAAGGUGAGAUUUUGAAGUAUCAUUUGUUUGAUGCUCUUCAAGAAGUUUUGAUUUUCCGCCUAGAGAAUUUUUUUUGCCUUCUUCAUUCUUGUCAUUUUAUUAUACCGGAAACCAGAUUUUUCUUCGUGUAGGUCUAGCAAUGACUCGACUAUAAGCAGGAAGCGGAAAAAAAUUCGAAAAGGUUUCUCGAAAAACUUUUUAACUUUCAAAAUUUGCCCAUCUUUUUCUUCGGACGUUAAUUUCAGACGUUUCUCUUCAUUUGUACCCAACCUUUGACAUGGAAGGUUCUUUGGACCUGUCUUUGGUACUGAUGGAAACUAUCGACAAGGUUUUUUUUCAAAAGAUUUUGAGUUUAAUCUGAGAUGGACUUGUAGGUUCAAUGUUUCCGGAUCUCAGAGAAACGGAAGAAAAUAGCGAUUUGUUAUGAGAACGGUGUUGUGGACGUCUUGAAAAUUUCAAGGAAGGCGCAGGUUUGAAUUUUCUUUUUUUAUUGAAUCUGCGAUUACUGCAGUUCCCUAGGACGUGAAACUCCGAUUUUCAAUUUUCAGGAUGGGAAAAAACUUUCAAUGGCCUCAACAGAGAAAAGGUGUACGUUUUACACGCAAACGCCGGUCGUUGACUUGUGCUUUUGUCUGCCUUUUUCUUUUGUCGUUACAGCACAAGAGAAAGGGACGGUCUGCGUUUGGGAUCUGAACACGUAAUUUGAAAAGAGAAAUGAACGUUCUGAAAAAAUUUACAGAAGGAAAUUCGUGGUCGAGAAAAGUUUACUGCCUGAAGGAACGUCGAAAGCAAUGGUUCGGGUGAACCAAGCCAACGGAGACAUUGGAAUCAUUUCUCCCAACUUCUCGACCAAUGAGACAACGAUAUCCGUCUGCACUGUGAGUGAAAGGUUACAAAAGUUAGCCUAUAUCAUUUUCAGGUCAAUUUACUGUUUCUGGAAACAAUCCAAGUUGCGGGAAUCGUUGUGGACGCGGAAGUAUCCAACUUGGACCCAGGAAGAGGCGUUGCGUGUCUCGUUUGUCUUCUCCAAGAUCAGAGCAUUCAGUUUGUAAUUAUUCAUAGGAAAUCCCUUAAUGGUUCACUUCAGAAUCUACGAAAUGCUCAACUUGACUAGGAUUUUCUCCUACGAGCUUCCACAAGACAGAAAACACAUCAAGUGAGCUUGAAAACGGCAGAAUUUCAUCGAAAAACUGAAUUUCAGGAUCGGUUUCCUGGACAAUGGGAACAUCGGCUUGUACUCAGAUUGUGGAGUUUCUAUCGAUUUUGAACCCGUUGCUUUUCCGGUCUCCUUUGAUUAUUUUGUGAAAAUGCUUUUUUAUCAAUUGCCUUUUGUCAUAUUGUGA